CGUGAGAUUGCCGAGCUCAAGCGCCGAGUGGAGACCAGUGCUCCCUACAGCCAGCCCAUCUUGCGGACGGUAACCCCGUUCACUCCGAGGGUUAUGUCGGUUCCGCUGCCGGCAAACUUCCGGCCCUGGCAGAUCAAGGCCUAUAACGGAAUGACGGACCCCCAAGAUCAUUUGUCUAAGUUCUAUGCUUCUAUGGAAGCGGCGGCAGCCCCGGACGAGGUCAAGUGCCGAUGCUUCCUCGCGACGCUAGAGGGCUCCGCGUGCGAUUGGUUCAACCGGCUCCCGAAGGGAACUAUUGACGAUUGGGAUACGCUAGCGGAGAAGUUCUUGACGCAUUUCGCAGCCAACCGGAGGCAGAGGCUACCUUACUCCCACCUGCUCAACAUUUGCAUCCGCAAAGGAGAGAAGAUCCGCGACAUCAUAACCCGGUGGGAGAAGGAAGCAAGAGACGUGCACGGGGCGGAUGACCAAGCAUUGGUGGCCAUGUUCCAAGCAGCCCUUCCCCGCGGUGAGGUAAGGAAGGAGCUCCGCAAGAAUCCUCCCCCCACGUACCAAGAAACCUUGGCGCGCGCUAAGUUCUUGGCCUCGGAGGAAUUCGAUGAUGCCCCUGAAUCCGAGGCCGCGCCGACCAAGCGAGCUCCCGCAGAUUCAGAGGAGAUAGCGAAGAAGAGGAAGAAGAAGAAAGACCACACUGUGGGCCCGAGGACGCCCUCGGCGCGUGUGUACUCCGUGGGUGCGCCCGCGGGGAUGGGUCGAGAGCUGGCCCUCUCCCCGCUCCCGCACGUGGAGACCUAUGCGGUGUCCAGCGGCGCCAAGUACUGCGAGUAUCACCGCAACAACACUCACAACACUAAGGAAUGCUUCUCUCUUCAGAAGGAGAUGCAGCAACUCAUCGCCCGAGGGCCGGCUCCGCGAGCCGAUGGAGCCGCCCCUUCCCGAGGUCCACCGGAAGGGAGAACGUGGAGGAAGCCGACCGAGUCGGUCGCGGUGGCCACGCAAGCGAGGAACCCAGAGAAGAGGCACAUUGGGCGAGAGUGUGAUGAUCUAGACGAGGACGAAGCCCAAGGAUAUCCGGUGGGGUUCAUCCAUGGAGGAAAUAUCGGCGGGGACUCCGCCGCUCAAAGAAAGAGGUGGAAGCACAUGGCCUUCGUCGCCAAGGUCCAACAGGCGCCGACGCCCAAGCUCGGAAGACGAGAGAAAAUCCAAUUCACGGAGAAGGAUCUUCCGGACACGCCGAGCCCCCACCGGGACGCCUUAGUCGUGAAGAUGGAGAUCAACAACGCCAUAGUGCACCGCACCUUGGUGGACACGGGAAGCUCGGUCAACAUAAUGUAUGAGAAGACCUUUCAAGACCUCGGCUUGGACUGCAAAGAUUUAAGGCCCGUGCGCACUCCUCUCUCCGGGUUCACGGGGGACUCCAUCGAGGCCGAAGGAGUCGUCACCGUGCCCGUGAUAGUAGGGGAUGGUGCGCACAAGGCCAGGUUGAAGAUGGAGUUCAUGGUUGUGAGCAUCAGCUGCGCGCACAACAUGAUCCUAGGACGGCCCGGCCUUGAGGACUUGGAAUGUGUGAUCUCCCCAUACUACUUGUGCGUGAAGUUCCCCACUCCUUCGGGAAUCGGGGUGGCGAGGGGAGACCAAAGGUUAGCUCGGCCAUGCUAUGUCCGAAUCACAAAGAAGUUGCCAAGGGAUGAGACAUUGGUCGUGCACGCACUAGAAGAAAUGCGGAAGCUGGAAGCACGGCCGAAGGCCGAGCCCGCUGAGGAGGUCGAGGAAGUGCCGCUCGACCCUCGAGCACCCGAGCGGAAGGUGAAGGUCGGGGUGAGCCUAACCGGGAGCCAGCGGAAGCGCUUAGUGGACGUGCUCUCCGCCUACCGCGUGAUCUUUGUAUGGGGACCCGGGGAUAUGCCGGGCCGCUUCCUUUCCAAGGUGGCGGACCGAGCCGCUCCGUUCUUCCAAGCGGUGAAGAAGUCCCGAGGGUUCGUGUGGACGGAAGAAUGCCAACAAUCCUUUGAAUCUCUCAAGUCCUACCUCCUCUCUCCUCCGGUUCUCGCGAAACCCGAAGCGGGGGAGACCUUGUACUUAUACUUGGGAGUUUCACCCAAAGCUUUGAGCUCGGUCCUAGUCCGAGACGAGGGUGGAGCUCAGCACCCGGUGUAUUAUACGGCGAAGACGCUGAGGGGUGCCGAGCUCAGAUACUCAGUAGCCGAAAAGACAGUCCUCGCCGUGGUUUCAACCGUGCAGCGUCUAACACCCUACUUCCAAGCUCACCCGGUUCAAGUGCUCUCCCAACAGCCCAUUGGCGCGCUGCUCAGGAGCCCGAACGUGGCCUCGCGCAUGUCCAAGUGGGCGGUGUUCCUUGGAGCUUUCCAGAUCGAAUCCAAGCCAAGGCCAGUGAUCAAGGGCCAAGCGCUAGCUGAUUUCGUGGUGGAGUGCACCGCUCGGGAAGAGCCGAGCCCGGAAGAGCGGGAAGCCGAGGACUGGUGGAUAGUUUUUACCGACGGCUCCUCCGCUGCCAAAAACUCGGGGGGUGGAGUGGUAGUCAUCGCUCCUGAAGGCUUCAGAGCAUACUACUCAAUUCGAUUCGGUUUCAAGGCAUCAAACAAUGAAGCGGAAUAUGAAGCGCUCCUGUGCGGACUACGCCUAGCAGCCGGGAUGAACGUAACAAAGCUAAGGAUAAAGUGUGAUUCAAAGCUGGUGGUUGACCACGUCUCGGGAGAGUUUGAGGNUUCAUAUCUUAUUCAUCCCUGAAAAAGGGGAGAGUACAUGGCGCAAAAAUUCAUAUCUUAUUCAUCCCUGAAAAAGGGGAGAGUACAUGGCAAAGGCACCAAGGCCAAGGCGUU